CUUACAAACAUCAUGAAACUGUAAAAAAAUCUGCCUCCUUAUUCCUAAGAAGCUGAUAUGGCUGUAAUAUUGCUGUCAAUACCAAAGGUUGUUCCAGAUCUCCAUCUCAUGAUCUACUGGCUCAUCAUGCAGGCUCUUUUAAUAAACUAUUCGGAGACUUUAAACUGUUCUGAACCAACGACAGAUGCUCUUUUAACUGCCCUGAGGGUCAGUGUCUUGGGUAAAACUGAAGUGAGGCCAGUUAUUCACCCACAGACUCCCACUAACAUCAGUGUGACCUUCACCUUAUUUGGAAUUUUAGACGUGGAUGAAAAAGCACAAAUAUUUGAGUCUUUCCUUUGGGUGUAUUUCUUCUGGAAUAUUGAAGGUUUGAGCUGGGAUCCUGUCGAAUGUGGAACGGACAGAAUCUCACUGCCUAGACAAAGUCUGUGGAUGCCUGAUGUUGUCAUUAAUGAAUUUAUGGAUGAAAACAGAGCCCCAGACACAUAUUACCUCUAUGUCACUAAUACUGGUAUAGCAAUGGAUGAUCUACCAAUUCGCGUAACCAGUUCCUGCAACCUGAACAUCUACACCUUCCCAUUCGAUAUUCAGAAUUGUACAUUCACUUUUAACUCCUACAAACUCUAUGUGGAAGAUAUUCAUAUGUUCUUUGCUGAGCCAGUGGACAUCACACUCAGAAAUUCUCUAGAUGUGAUGACGACUAAAGGGGAAUGGGAACUAAUAAAUAUGCUUAGUGAAAAGAAUGUGCUCCCAGUGGAGAGCAUGAAUACUUCAUUCGAUUUGCUCAUAUACCAUAUCAUUCUCAGGCGCCGACCUACUAUGUACAUCGUGAACCUCUUGAUUCCCAGCUGCUUCCUUAUAGGUGUGGAUCUGUUCAGUUUUCUUCUGCCGCCUCAGAACAUGGAUCGAUCAGCCUUUAAAAUGACGCUCAUCUUGGGUUACACCGUAUUCCUGCUGUUAAUGAAUGACCUGCUGCCCGCUACAGGAAACACCUUGCCUCUCAUAAAUGCCUUUUUCUCUCUCUGCUUGGCGAUGAUGGUGGGAAGUCUACUGGAAACUAUUCUCAUCACUAAUAUUCUGUGUGGCUCCAGUCGAUACCCGCCGUUACCUCAGUGGGUCAAAGUGCUUUUCCUCAACUACAUCGCCAGACUUGUUUGUUUAAGCAAGAGUGACCAAAACUGUGAUCUGCAAGAAUACAGAAUUAAAACCGUUCUAUGCAAUCCUGCUAAAAUCUUAGAAAGUGAAGCCAUCCAUAAGAUUCCUCCCACUCUUCAGGAACUAAAGAAGAUAAGCCGAGACUUACAGUCCAUUGUUCAGCAGGUCGAGAAACAUUUUAGUAGUGAUCAGAGUGAAGAAGAGUGGGUGCAUUUGGGUCAUGUCAUCGACCGCUUGCUCUUCAUUCUGUAUGUUGUCUUUCUCUCAGUUAGUUUCAUCACUAUAUUUGUCUAUUGGUUCUACUGGUACAAUGUUACUGCAUCUUUAGUAUAAAAAUAUGUGGUAUAUAAUAUAGAA